UUGACGUAUCGUAUCGUGACUGUCGAAGGCUGGCUUGCGAGUUUUACGAAAGUUUAUUCACUUUAAAUUUGACAGUGACAAAACUUUCGUCAGAGUUUCUUGGAAGAUUUAAAUAGUAAUUAAGUGAUUGUGUGACCGAAUUUUGCUGAAAAAUGCUUAGAUUAACAAGAAGCACCCAUCGACGUAGCACGUUGUGCCAUUAUCUUGCGGCGCGAUUGAUUGUUGAAAGUGGAAAUGUACGAAGAGAAACUAGAGAAAUCUCGAGGAGAGCUCUCCUCAGAAAAAAUAUAGCCAAUAUUAACGUGCAAUAUCUAAGCGAUACAGAAUUUAGAAAUAGAUUUCGUCUCAGUAAGGAAGCAUUUUUGCAUUUAUGUUGCGAAUUAAGGGUCAAAUCUAGUCUAAGACCAAGUAAAAGGAUCAGCCUGGAACAUAAAGUACUGUGUGCUUUAUCAUUUUAUGCUACAGGCUCCUACCAAAGAAUAGUAGGAAUGGCUAAAUGUUUAGGGCAAACCACAGUUAGUAAAUAUGUGAGACAGGUUACUGACGCCCUUGUAACCCCCUCAAUAUUAAAUUACUUUAUAAAAUUUCCUGCGACGCUAGAGCAGCGUAAUAUUAUAAAAAACAAAUUUUAUACAAAAUUUGGCAUCCCUGGAGUAAUAGGAUGCAUAGAUGGGUCUCAUUUUCAUAUAUUCACUCCAAAAAGAGACAUUGAGCAUUUAUUUUAUUGCAGAAAGCAUUUCUACUCACUGAAUGUGCAAAUGAUAUGUGACAGUGAAUGCCGAAUUAUUAAUGUUAAUGCAAAAUAUGGAGGUGCUACCCACGACGCAUUUAUUUGGGAAAUAGUCAAGCCAAUAGAUAUAUCCAGGACAUAA